GGGGGGGUGGCCCGGGCGAGGGUAUGUGAUUCGGGAUUCUAGGGAUGAGCUGGGUCUCGCUUCCUCUCGCGUUAUUCUGGCACAGUGCGUCGCCGACGCCGCACAUACCGGGCCACCACUAUCACACGCAAAUCGUACGCGAGUACACCGACACGCGUUCCGGUAACGAGCACAUCCCUAUACUGAAAAUUCUUCUAAUUUCAAAAUUUGUUUUUUUUCAUCAUAUCUAAAAUUUUUCGAACGUCAGGGAUAGUGCUGUUCUAGAAUUGUGAUUCGAUUUUUGUUUUAAUUUAUUGUGAUUAUUAAGAUAGAUACUUUUCAGUGAAUGAGAUUAUUCGCGUAAUUAAUUAAUCAGCUUAUCUAGUGAUUGCGGACGAUGAUAAAUAACAUUACGAAUGCUGAAUUUUGAUACGAGUUUUAAAAUGAAGAUGUCUGCAGCGGACAGCCAGGAGUCUGGCAGCCCACCGCCGAGUCCGACUGACUCCGCCACAUCUGAAUCUGCACCCACCCUAGUCCACAUCAAGCAGGAGACCAUGCCGCCUGGGACAGACGUCAAGGAGUACUACGGCUCGAUAGACUUCAGUCUCUCCGACACAUAUCUAUCUUCGAACUUCCCCGACUAUGGGCGAGGGUACCUGCCAAGGCCUUUGGAUCCAAACCAAAAAUUCUCUGAUUCAAAAAGUCCGAAAGAUGAAAUAGACGAUGGGACAAAAGAUGAUGAUCCUGGGGAAAGAGAUUUUAAUUUACCCACUGAGUUGCUUUAUAAGAAUGGUGGAAUAUUUGCGAGACUGAAUAUUGCUAAUGAAACUCAGUAUGGACCGUACCUCGGGCUGUUGGAGUUGCAGCCCAAAGACAGGCGAUAUGCUUUGGAGGUUCGUGACAAGAAUGGUGUGAGUGGAUGGCUCGAUGCCACCACAGAGAAGAGCAACUGGCUGAAGCUGGUGCGCUCCACCAACUACCCUCAGGAGGUCAACGUGCAGCAUCUGUUGUUGGGAGGCCAAGUAUGGUUCAAGGUUGUCCGCGAGAUUUCUGCAGGACAGGAGCUGUUGCUCGGUCCCCGCACGCCGCUGCCUCUGGGGGACCUCUUCUCUUCACUAUUAGAUCCUAAGCGUCGCCGCCUGUUAGCGAGUUCAUCUGCUGAGAAAACUCAAGCUGAGGAAGAAGACCAAGAAGACGCAGAACCCCGCUGCAACUUCUGCGAUAUACCCUUCCCUAAUAUCGACAUUCUCGAUCGCCACUUGAUAACGGAGCACGCGCAGCCCCCAGCAGCAUUUCACUGUGAACUGUGUAACAGAGCUUACAGCACCCGCGCCUUGCUCCUGCGCCAUCGUGCUCUUGCGCACACCGACAUCAGAAAGUACCCCUGCGAGAACUGUCCUAAGGUAUUUACCGAUCCUUCCAACCUCCAGCGCCACAUUCGCGCGCAGCACGUGGGCGCCCGCAGCCACGCCUGCCCUGAGUGCGGCAAGACCUUCGCCACCUCGUCCGGACUCAAGCAGCACACACACAUACACUCCAGCGUCAAGCCGUUCCAGUGCAAGGUGUGCUUUAAGGCAUACACCCAGUUUUCCAACCUCUGUCGUCACAAGCGAAUGCACGUUGCCUGUAGAGCUCUGGUUGAAUGCCAGAAAUGCGGACAGUCCUUCACUUCCUACGCAUCUCUUACUAAGCACAAGAGGUUCUGCGACACCGCUGCCGCUGCAUCAGUCAAUCUGCGAGGUCAAAUGCCUCAAGGCUUACCACAAAUAUCGUCCUUACCAAACGUCGGAAUGAAUACUCCAAACAACACCAAUCCAUUCCCUAUGUACAGGGGACCCACUUUGCCCUUACCGUAUAACACAUUCGCUCACUACCCGGCUCUGUUCUCAGCCGCGGCUGCUGCUUGCCCACCAGAGUUCCUUAGUCCGCUUCUGUUUAAUGUGCAAGGAGCACGACUAGCUAUGGAAGAUAUGGCUAUGUCCAACGCUAACUUAGUAUCAAAACAACAAGAAGGUCGCUUAUCUGUAAAGAGCAUGGAUAGCUCCAAUUCUAUGGAAGACAACAAAAAGCCCAAAAAUCUGGACUAUGAAACUAAGAGAGACAGCUACAGCUCAGACCGAGCCACACCAAACAAACUACCGAGUUUAUACGCGAAACAAUCACCACCAUCAGCUGAAGAAGCGACAUCUCAACAGCGACCAUCACCUGUUAUGCCAAUGCCAACACCAAUUGUUCCAUUCAACUUUUCAAGAGAUGAGAUGAAACAAAAGAGUCCUUUCAACUUCUCCCUCAAGCUCAACAACAAUGAUAUCCAAGGUUUGAAGUCUGAAUCACCUUUGCCUAAAGAUUUAUCUAAGAACGUUGUAGAAGACGACAAAACUUCAGAGUAUUCAGAUGUUGAGGAAGAUAUCAAGAAAGAUGAUGGCGACCAGCCAUUGGAUUUAUCAGUAACAAGAAAACAAAGUGAUAAGGAUUCUGAAGUAGACAAUGAUGACCGUUCCUUUCGCAAUUCAGUCAAGUCUUAUUCGCCACCUGAAAGCCCAGCAGAACGUAGCAAAACUCCUGAAAAUGACACAACCGACGUUGAUGUGGAAUGCGUAGAACCUAAAAGAGAAGAUUCUCCUCCUCAACUGGUAUCACCACCACUUGCGUUCCCAAUGCCCGUCCACCCGCAGCACAGCAGCUUACUCGAUGCUAUGUACCGGCCUCGAUUUCCGUCUUUCCAUUCAUCAGAAUCAAUUCUAAACUCGUCACACUCGCCUUAUGUACCGAGUCCGUUCAAUUUUUUAUCCCCACUUCUCGGUACUGAUGGGCCAGACAGGCAACCUAGCGCAUAUGCUAAGUUUCAAGAAUUGAGCGCUGGAUCUGGAAAGCUGCGCGAUCGCUACGCAUGCAAGUUCUGCGGGAAAGUGUUCCCUCGCAGUGCCAACCUCACACGACAUCUGCGUACUCACACAGGGGAGCAACCUUACAAGUGCAAGUAUUGCGAACGUUCUUUCUCAAUUUCAUCGAACCUUCAACGUCACGUAAGGAAUAUUCACAACAAGGAGAGGCCGUUUCGGUGCCCCUUGUGCGAGAGGUGUUUCGGACAGCAGACAAAUCUCGAUCGUCACUUGAAGAAGCACGAAGCUGAAGGUGGCGAUUCCCCAAGUUCGGCGGACACUGAGAGGGAGGAUGCGUAUUUUGAUGAUAUCAGGUCAUUUAUGGGUAAGGUGACAUGUUCCCCGGGCACGCGCUCCCCGGCCGCCACGCCCCCGCACGGCGCGCACGCGCGGCCGUCGCUGGCUAUCUCCACAUAGCCGCCGGCCUGCCCGCCGCCGGCGUACGCGCUGCCGCCGCCGCCGCCGCCUUUGUGGUCGCAGCCCUUCCACUAACGAAUAGUGCUGAGAUGAACGACGCUAACGGUCGAAGGAUGAAUGCAACUGUUAAAGUGAACUGAACAUUGUUGUUGGAUCGUUGUAAAUAAGUUGGGUGGUUCAAUUUCAGUAGGAAACUCGUAACAGUAAUGCGGGUGUAUAUUACGUACCUUUAGUGAGUCUCUCUAACUGUAGAGACGAAUAUAGAACUUAAAAGAUAUGGUUAAAUGCAAAUUUACAUAGUGAAAUCUACAUUCAUUUGAAAACAAAUUAUUUUUUGUGUGCUUUGGCUUACCUACUUUAAGAUACGCUUUAGUACUUAACUAUAGUCCGAUAUUGGCAUGUAACAAAAUACGAUCUAGGUAAUGAAAGAUCGUAUUUUAAAGUAAGAAAACGACUCUAGGUCUUUUUAACAACAAAGGCACGGAGUCACGGUAUACAACAGAUUUCUCCUUGUUGAUUGUAAAAUAUUUAAUUAAAGAUAUACAUUAUGCUAAGCGACAUGACAAAUCACUUAAGUGUAGUAUAGAUAUUAUAAUGUAAUAAAUGUAAUUUAAGUAUAAGUGUAGUUUUGUUAAGAAAAAAUCGUUUUAAUGAUAACUUAAAUAUUUGUUCCUAGUUUAUGUAUUGUGAUUUAAGAUUGACUUAAAACGUAUUUUCUUUAUAUCUUGUACAUAAACGUGUUUGUCUGUUAUCGUGUAAAGUAGGUAAAAGUUAAAGUUAGUUAUGAAUGGAUGUUUAAAAAAUAUCAAAAACUGCGCUCUAUUUCAGAGCGCUAAUAAAAUUUAUCAUUUAUUUUAUUGUAUUUUUUAAACAAAUUAACUAUAUAGCUAUAAAAUAUAAAGAAUAUUGUAUGGAUAUGUCAUUAUAUUUUGUAAAUUUAUCAAAUUGGAUAAAGUUAUCGGGGUUUCUCGUUUAGUCAAAGAACUACCAAAGUUUUUCUUUAAUCAAAAUUAUUCGAAAUUAUACUUAAAAGAAAAAAUAAACUUAAUACGCAUGAAAUUUAGUGUUUGGCAUUGUGAAUAAAAUCGUUACUUUAUUACGUCUUUAGACAUCAAUUAAAAUAUUUUGUUAUAUUUGUUAUUUACACGUUUGUUGUACAUAGGAGUUCGCGAUACACAUUAUGCAUAUCAUGCGUUUUAUAUUAAAUCGAAGCUCAAAGAUUUUAGCGAUUUUUAUUACAGUACUAUUAAGUAUCGGAUGAAAAGUUAAAUGUAUCUUUAGAAAAAGUAAUAUAUAAGAACCUUCGUAAGAUAAUUUUACAAAGUAAUUUCGGUCACAUUGCUAUUCUACGAUUUAAGUGUAGGGAAAUUAGAGCCGCCAUUUUGUCGUUCCAAAUGUCACAAAUAGUUCAACAAAAAGGUUUUAAUCAUGUCUUGUCACAACCUCCUUGCAUGUACUUUCACGUAUAUGAUGCAGUACGUUCACAGAUUUAAUAAUUAAAAUCGUUGCUUUUCAAGACCGUGUAAUAUAAUUAAAGCAAUUCUUGUAAAGUUAGAUAUUUGUAAUUAUCACUUGGCACUAGAUCAUUAAGGUUUUAUUGUCACACGAUAAAGUUGCGUAUGUUAAGUACACUUGUACCUAUUUAAUUUCAAGUUCAAUUAAAAGAUAUUAAAUAUUGUAAACGCAUUAAAAAUAAAACGAUACAAU